AUCAGUUAGUUCCGAUGUGAGGAUCCAAAAAGUAUAACAUCUUCAUCACUCGCUUUGCUUAGAGGGAGAAGAACUACGACAGCAACGCGCAAAAAUCAGAAGGCAUCAGUACAAUAAUUGCUACUUCAAAACAAGUGACAGUUAUUGAUGUUGCAAAUUGAAAAGUUAAAUAAAAUUGUGAUUUUUGUGUAAACAGAAAAAAUCCAAAAAAAAAAAGAUUUUUGAAAAAAUUAUUAUUUUUUCAUAUUGAAAAAUAAGUUGAAGCGUAGCUGAUUAUUUUUGUAUUCUGUAACUUUAAAGCGGCUUUUAACAAAAAAAAAAAAAUGUGUGAAUUUAAAAACAAACCAGAAAGUGUGACUCGUGGUGCCGAGAAAUCCAAGCUCACAGUUUCCACAGUGGAAGGGGGUGGCAAUGGCACUUUUACUCCCACACCAUUGAGUAAAGGCACCGAAUAUUAUGAAACUGCAUUGGAGGCAACAACUUUUGGCAAAUUUAAUUACCUGUUGAUUUUGAUAAGUGGUCUCAUACUUGCCAAUGUCUUGCUGGAGACAUUGGGCAUAAGUUUUGUAUUGCCCGUAUCACAGUGUGAUUUGAAUUUAUCGGUACAGGAACAGGGCAUAAUGAGUGCCAUUGGAUUUGCGGGGAUCAUUAGCAGCUCACAUCUGUGGGGAUUUUUGGCGGACACAACGGGGAGAAGGAGUGUUAUACGGCCAACAUUGCUGGUGGGAUUUCUAAUAACAGUUGUCUCGAGUUUUUCGACCAAUUUCUGGACAUUGGUUAUCCUGAGAUAUUUGAAUGGCAUAUGCGUUUCCGGCGGCUCGGCCACCAUCUAUGCCUAUUUGGGUGAAUUCCACACGCAAAAGAACCGUUCGAGAGCCAUAAUGGGUUCGGCAUUUAUUUUCGGUGUUGGUGCAAUGCUAAUGCCUGCCAUUGCCUGGAUUUUCAUCAAUCAAGAAUGGCGUUUGCCAUUGCCAUUUUUGGGUUUGACCUACAAGCCAUGGAGGUUGUUUAUGGUUGUCUGUGGCCUCCCCGGUUUGCUGUGUGGCCUCAGUCUAUUCAAAAUUCCCGAGAGUCCUAAAUUUUUACUCAGCCUGGGUCAGGAGGAGAAAUGUGUGGAGAUUCUGCAGAAGAUCUAUAGCAUCAAUACCGGAAAGGCGAAAGAGGAAUUUCCGAUCGCCCAUGUCCAAGAGGAUUUGGAUAGCGGUAGCAACAACAAUAAACCUCAAACACCAGCCGAUCUAAGUGGUCGUUCAAAUCCCAUACUCAACGUACUCAAAUCGAUGUGGACUCAAACUCAGCCAUUGUUCAAUCGUCAAUAUGCCCGGACUACCAUCCUUAUUUGUACCAUACAAUUUUUCAUUUUCUGCACCUCGAACGGCAUGUACAUGUGGUUCCCAUCGAUUUUGAAUAGUGUGGCCGAAUUUAUGAAUGAGAAUCCGAACAACAGGACCUAUAUAUGCGAGGUGGUCUAUGCCAAACAGAAAGCCACAAUGGAAUUGGAAAUGGCAUUGAAACAGGAUGCAAAUUUGGUUGGGGAAUGUAAUGAGAAAUUGGAAAUCUCCACGUAUCAACAUUCGUUGACGUUGGAAGUUUUGUAUGCGGUGGGAUUUGCUCUGAUUGGCGGUAUUAUCAACAAGGUUGGCAAGCGUUUGAUAUUAUUUGUCUGCUUGGCUGUCUGCGGUGCCUGCGGUGUUGUUCUGAUAUUUGUGGACCAACCUAUGAUUGCCAUUUACCUCUAUGUGGUCUUGUUGCUCUGCGGUUUGGGCAUCAAUGUCUUGAGUGCUGCCACUGUGGAAUUAUAUCCCACACGUUUAAGAGCCAUGGCUGUUUGCAUUUCCCUAAUGAUGGGUCGUUUGGGCAGUGUAGCAGGAGCCAAUAUUGUUGGCGCCCUCAUCACCAAUCAUUGUGACAGUGCCUUCAUUGCAUCUGGAGUAUCGCUAAUCGUUGCUGGUUUCCUUGGUUUCCUUAUUGUCAAGAACAACAAGAAAGGUCAAACGGAGGCCCCCCGACGUCUAAGCUUGGUCUCCAUGACGGGGAACUAAACAACAAAACAAAAAACAAACUAUUUGGCAAAAUUGCAAUGUAAUUUUGCUUUGCCAGAAUGUAUUUGAUAUUCCGUUAUUUUGCUAACGAAAUUCGUAUUACCUAUAUGUAGUAGGUGCAGAAUUUCGCCAUUCCAUAAGUAGUAUUAGUUGUUAGUGUUCCUAGUUUGUAGUUAACGAUAAGUAUUUAGUUUUAGUGCUAGGGAAUUUCACAAAGUCUGAUUUUUAAUUGUUCUCAUUAAAAGAAAAAAACAACAACAAAAACCAAAAC